CGACCGGGCAUCGACACGCUCUACAACCUCACUACUCCGGCACCUACAACUCGUAUCACGAAAGCGAACACUCCGCCGUCGCAGCCUAGCAUUGAUAGAAAUCCGCGGGAUACGAAGCCGACCGCGUAAGCCGUGAAGGACCUACAGAGACCAAGGGCGUAGAGAAGCACUCAUUGUUCCGAGGAAUGAUGAGCCUCUCUUACCCUGUCUUACUUGACUUCAUGCCGGAUGUCGCUGUAUGGCUGAUUGCUGUAGUUUCGAGCCACCACAAUACCCAGCAAAAGGCGCAAGGCAGAACUCACCAGCGCCCGCUCCGUCUUCAACGCGCGCUCAUGCCAAGCGGCGUGUUCGAGACCGCGAUGCUCUCUCAGCGUCGCUGUCUUUCCAAGGCUCCCUCGGCCCACAGCUUCCGGCUCGUCGUCGCGGCUGCAUCGUACAAAUCCAUGAAACGAUAUUCUUUCCGGCCGUCUGCACCUAUCACUCGAAACAAGCUUUCCGCGCCGCCAUGUGUUGAGGCACGGAGCGACAAGAUGUUGGAGACGAAGAGGAUGUACCCGCUCUCGGCUCUGCCCCUGGCUCCAAAAAUAUGCAGGCACUUGGCGCCCCGGCGCUUGCUCGCCCGCCGCCCAAUCGGAGCCGCCUCAGGGCUCGUCCCGCUGCACUGUGAUCGCUGCUCCACCACUCCCCUCAACACCAUACGCGCCCACAUCUCAUCCUUCUCACCAAUAGCGACGCCACAUGCCACCAAGCCCUCUGCUUUCAAGCCCAUUGCCAAAAUUAAGCAUGUAGAGUGCCGGCAGCCAACCUGGUCCAUCACACGCCGUACGAUGGCUAACCGCCCAGGAUCCCAUCCGCCGCGGGGUCUGGAUAAACAUGGCGCAAAUAUAGAGGUGAGCCAGCGCUCCGCUGAUUGCAGUCUGACCUACCUGUCUCUGUACGAUACGAGUUGAUCUCUGCGCACACAUAACACGCGAUUGUGGUGCGCCGUCGUACCACCCCAAACUCCAUCUGAAUCCCUUCGCUGCAUUUCAGGCCGCCAUCAUGGGAAGGAACAUCUUACUGCAUUGCCUUCUGUCACUCCUUGUCCUCGCACACGACGUUCUUGCUCAGAGUGCGACGACUACUACCGCGUCAUCGGACACGGCAG